AAAUGGCUGAGAAAAUUGCUCUUCUUGAAAAUUAUGUGAACUGCCAUGUGUGUGCAGAGACUUUCAGAGAUCCUGUGUCUCUGAGCUGCCAACACAGCUUCUGUUCCAGCUGCCUGAAACAAUUCUGGGAACUAAACCAAAACAAAAACUGUCCCAUUUGUAAGAGAAAAUCCUCAAAGGAAGAACUCAAAGUGAACUUUACAUUGAAGAAACUGGCUGACUCGUUUGCUGGAAGACAGAAAGCUGCAUCAUCUGAGACCAAAAAAGAAGAGGAGGAAGUGGAGCUGGUGUGUAGUGAACAUGAUGAAGAGCCUAAAUGGUUCUGUAAGAAGAGGCAAAAAUUUGUGUGUCCCACCUGUGAGUUACUUCAACACCACGGUCACAAGGUGGUUCCUGUUGACGACACAGUCUGUGAGCUGAAGGAGCAGCUGAAAUCUGAUUUGAAGUCUCUACAGGACACGAAGAAAAAGUAUGAAGACGCUGAGGAAAAAUAUAAAGACAUGGUUGAACACUCCAAGAAGCAGCUGGUGGCCACAGAGAAGCAGAUCAGAGCAGAGUUCAACAAGCUUCACCAGUUCCUGAAAGAGGAAGAGGAGGCCAGACUGGCAGCUCUGAGGGAGGAAGAGGAGCAGAAGAGGAAGACUAUCACCAGAAAGAUGAAGAUGAUUGAGGAGAAGAUCUCCUUUCUGUCAGACAUCAUCUCUGCUGUUGAAAAAGACCUGCAGAAACACAAUGUGCCGUUCCUCAGCAGUUAUAAAAGCAGUCAGAGCAGCGCCAGAGCCCAGUGCUCACAGCCGGAUCCACAACUGGUCUCAGGAGCGCUGAUAGAUGUGGCCAAACACCUGGGCAACCUGUCCUUCAGAGUCUGGGAGAAAAUGAAGGACAAGGUCAACUUCAGUCCCGUCAUCUUGGACCCAAACACUGCUAACGGAUCACUCUCUCUGUCUGAUGACCUGACCAGUGUGAGACGUGGAGACACAAAGCAGAAACUCCCUGACAACCCAGAGAGAAACACAAAGUAUGCCAAUGUCCUGGGCUCUGAGGGCUUCAGCUCAGGGAAACACAGCUGGGAGGUGGAGGUGGGAGACCAUCCAAGCUGGUCUGUAGGUUUGGGUAAAGAGUCAGUGGACAGGAAGGGGGAGGGACCUGCCUCACCAAAAUAUGGAAUCUGGUGUUUAGUGCAUCGCAGUGGAAAAUACACGAAUGGGCUUUGUGAGACGGUCAGUGAGAAGAAGAGUCUCCAGAGGAUCAGAGUCCAGCUGGACUAUGACAGGGGGGAGGUUUCCUUCUACGACUCUGAGGACAGAACUGUCAUCUACACUCACAGAGACACUUUCACUGAGAAACUCUACCCAUGGUUCUCUGUUGGAAACGCUGCUGAUGCAAAGACCAAAGAUAUCAAAGUCCUGCAAACUGAGCCCUCGGUGAUUUUACAAUGAUGUCAGUUAGGUGUGUGUGUGUGUGUGUGUGUGUGUGUGUGUGUGUGUGUGUGUGUGUGUGUGUGUGUGUGCAUGUUCGUGUUUUUGUGCAUAAAUGAAUCAAUGAGUUUGCAUCUUUUCGUCAUGAGAGAGAUUCAUGACAACAGGGAACAAAAGUUUGUUGCAGAAAUCCUGUUAUUGAUCAUACAAAUAAUUAUGUACAUAAUGUUGUGGACAUUUAAAAAGACA